UUCUCGGAUUCUCGUGUGCAAUUAAUCACUUGGAAGCAAUGUCUUCCAAAUUAUAUGCAAAUCGAAAUAAGAUAAUCGGCCAUGAUAAGCACAAACGAUCAAUCUACGAAAAAUUGUUCGUGAAUGGAAACAACAUUUGUAAAUUAGUUUUGGGAGUAUCAUUUCCGGUAGAGACUAGAGAUAAGGUCAAUUUUCGAACAUUGAAUUUGGCUUACAAUUUUCAAGCCCAAUACAUGUUAGUACGACCGGCCCAGUAUCCAUGGGAAAAGGUCAAACGAUCGUUACACAAUCAGAAGGAAGAGUUUUUAGAUAGGAAGGAAGUGGUACCCGAUAACACAAGGCAACUUAUGUACAAUGCCGUGGAGAUACUAAUGGAUCGCAAAGGUAUUGAUGGCAAAGAGUGUUUACAAAGAGCGAUUUGUGAAAAUGCACAAUCACCAAUUGCUGUCACUGGAGUGUUCCACGAGAUUUUGAACUUGUUUUUAACACCAAGCGGUGAUGCUGAUCAAUGUUUUACUGACGCUAGAACUGCUGGACUGAAACACGAAGAUUGUUUGAUGCUCUACAGAAACUGUCCGAUGGGCCGCGGAAUUUUCGACUCCAUUUUUCAUUUUAAAACUUAAUUUAUUGCCUGUCUGUGUACGAUAUUACGUUUUGUUCACUGAACAAGACACUCCGCUGCCAAACUCUGUGAUUUAGUGGAGUUCGUACAGUUUUUACAAAACUGAAUUUAAAAUUGCAUUUUGGUAUGGAAAUGAGAAAUUUAGUGCCGUUGAUAAAGGUGAUAAAGGUGCUGAGUAAAGUGGAACUUUUAGCCAAAGAAAAAUAUUCCAAUCUCUCCACU